CCGGCACAGCUCCCCAAGAAAACAGCUGAGCGUCAGCAAAUUAAGAUGGCCUAGUGACCCAUAGCCUUGGGGGGAGGGAGGGACCCCUCCCAUUGUCAAAUCCAGCGAAGCAGAAAAAAAGAGAGACCAUCCCUUCAGUAGAUCAGAGUCCAGGCCAGGAGAGCAGAGAGCAAGGAUCUCGGAGGAGCCAGCAUGAGUUACAUUAUACGCCCCUGGGUCGCAGGAGACCUUAAGGCCAUCAUGCGACUUAUUAGGGAAUCUGCAGCUUUCCACAAAGCUCUGGACCAGCUGACAACCACCCCAGCACUUCUAAGAAAAGAUGGGUUUGAGAAAGAUUCCACCUUUGGGUGCCUCGUAGCUGAGCUGCCCCCAGAACAGAAGAGCAGAGACGGUUGCACAAUAGUCGGGUACCAGUUCCAUUACUUGUCCUACUGCACGUGGCACGGCGGAAUCCUCUUUGGCGAAGAUCUCUACGUUGUGCCGGAAUUCCGAGGCAAAGGCAUUGGCACGAGUUUAAUGAAUAAAGUGGCAAAGAUUGCGUUGGAGAAAGGUUGUUCCGAGUUCCGAUUCAUCUGUGCCCGGUGGAACCAGCCGGCAAUGGAUUUCUACGCCAAGUUGGGAGCCGUGAAUGUCACUAUUCGGGACCACUGGCACCUCUGCCACAUCGAAGGAGCGCAUGUCCGGAAGCUAGCGCAAGAAGCGAGGAAAUAGGAGCCGAGAUAUAUUGGCAGUAAUGUUUGGCCCAGAAUUAUUCAGGAUUACUUUUCAUGCCUCUGGCUCCAAGCCCUAGAGGCCAUUUUGGCAAAGAUUUAGGCCCAUUCCUGCUGGACGGACCUUCACUAAGCCAGGUGCCCUCUGGAAAUUUUGGACUACAACUCCCAUCAGACCCAGGGAGCUUGGCUGUGCUUGCUCAGGAUGAUGGGAGUUGUAGUCCAAUGCAUCUGGAGGGUGCCAGGUGGAUGAAGGUUGUGCUAUACCCCAAACCCCUGUCUGUCUCUCUCAGGAACCCCAGAGUCCUGGUUCCUUAGGCUUUCUUCUGUUCCCGCAAAUCCUGCUUUUCUUGAUAAUAUUUUAUUGAUUUUCCAAAAAUAACAUAUAUAAAAACAACAACAAUACAAAUUCAAAAUAAAUCAAGUUGGAUUCCCCCUAGUCCCUUCCUUGGUUCCAUUAUUACUCAACAUACCGCAUGUCCAAUGUUCAAUUUUAAAACCAUAUAAAUUACCUAUUGUCUAUUCGUAUCCAAAUUACAAUUAGUCCUAACACCCUGCUCAUGUAUUAACCUGGGUACAAUGCUUCUGUGUAUAGAUACUGAUAUAGAUAUAGAUAGAUAUGUAGAUAUAUAUAGAUAUAUAUAUAAUUGGGUGCACUCUUCACACCUUGGA